CCAAGAAACACGUCUCGAUAGUUGCCGAAGGUAUCGUAAAAGUUAUUGAUUUUAUUUAUAGAUGAAUGAGAUAAUAUUGUUGAACGCACAAAAUAUCGAUACGGCCAACGGGGACGUAAGCCGCCGACACCGGACAUAUUCGUAUUUCAUUAAUCGCGAUGUUUCUCAACGGUCGCCCGUACGUCCGAACGCGUUCUGUUCACUGGCGAUUGUAAAAAAUGCCCGAAUUAAGUGUACAGUUAAGAAAACCCGUAAAAUAAACCCAAAUAAUCAAUCGUAAUUUGCUAAAGAUAAAGUCGUGAACAAAAUGUGUAUUUAUCGUAAUAAUAAGUUGAAACAAAUAAACGUGUAAACGGGCGUUCGUUCUACUCGUACGUUUGAUUUUAGUCGUAUCCAAUCCGCGAUGAAGACCAGAAAAGGCGCGUAUUAAGCAACGCGAGAAUGACGCGCGACGUUCCGCAGUCGAAUCGUCCGCGACUGAAACAAUUUUCGGACAUGGUCAAAAAUGGCCACGGAAUGCGGAAGAGAAACUGCUUACGUUGUAAGCUGUGCACGUCGCUCGAGCGUUGGAAAAACGGCGUUGUUGUAUAAUAUUAUUUUAAACACCACUGGUCACACUCGCGACGUCCGUUUACCUACGCUACGACGUCCGUCAGCAGCACUUAUCGGACGUCGUAGUAUAUUAUUAGAUUUUGUUUUCCGAGGCACGCGACCGCUGUUUUCUCGCCGACGUUGAACGGUGCGCUAUCAUAUAUCAAUAGGUAAUUUAAUAAUUUUUUUUAAUAACCAUAUUUUAAAAACGAAAAACGGUAUUGAUUACCGGAAAUGAAACACGUCCCGUUUUGUGGCAUGUAAGUAAUGAGUUGUACAAGGAUAAGAAUAAAAAAAUAUUGAACGGACGAGUGUUGCGAACGUUGUUGUCAAAAAUGACGAACUAUAACAAUCGAUGUAUAUUAAUGAUAAGAUUUUAUUUUCAUGCUGAACGUUCGUUUGACCAGCAGAGCAUGUUACGUCCGUUAAAAAAUUAUGUGUCCGUUUUUCCAGUGCUCGCGUAACCCUACCCUAAAUGGUGUUACACCGCCCUAAGGUUUUGUACGGGGGUGGGCGGGGGGAACGUCACGCGCCAACGUGAUACGGUGCUCUCGCGGUACGUGGCACGCGCGCACGACAAAACGGUUUGGGCCCACCGGUGAGGCGUCCGAUGACCGUUUCCGUGCCGUACGUGAAACAACGUUGCGAUUACGUGGAACCAUAGACCUUAUACUCAUAUGCGUGGAACCGAAGGAAACCGAAUUCGGUACGACCGCGUCCGAUAAACUGUCGCGUAGCUUCUCGAUCCGUUUUGGUCGCGCGCGACCGGUCCGGCCAUCAUUUGACCACCGUAACCCGUUCGAAGUGGACGUGCCGAUUGGACUUUUUCCGACCACAACACGUAACUAUUGCACUGCGCGUUUUCUUCCGCUCCGUUCGUCACCGAUCGUCUAAUCGCUCGCGCCACCGCCCUGUCCACUGCCGGUUUUUUCAUUUUUAAUUCUUACCGCCGUACGUUUAUUAUUUUUAUUUUUUUUUUUUUUCGUCUCGCGCGUAAUACUACCGACCUAAAUUAUUUUCGACUCUGUUCGAGCCAUCUCGCACGCCCGCACACACACACACACACACACAUACGCGAUGUUGGCAUCGAAACUGAUCAGCAAUGAUCUGAAGAUCAACCUGGUCGGACUCGACGAGCUGAUCGGCUACGAAGGCCCCGGCGAGGACGUCUCGUCGUUUCGCCAACUGAACAUGCGCGAAGACGAAAUGCCGUUAGUCGUCCGUAUGGAACAGAACCGGGCCAGGUUGGUCGAACAUCUGCUCGAGUAUCAGACCGAGUUCGAUUCGAAAUCCAUUCGCCAUUCGGUGCUCCACAAGAUUUCCAACCAGAGGGUGAACCGUAAAGACGACGUUUUCAAGAUGAUCCGUGUAGGCGUCGAGGAGGGAAACGAUCUGGAAAAAAUCGAAAGGUCUUCGAGGUCGGAGUGCUUGCGUGAACUCAGAAUGUUGAAGAAUACCUAUCAGCUGGUAUCGAAAGCUUCCAAUUGUAAAUAUAAGAAAACUUUAUCCCGGAUCUGUCAGUGCUUCCCUUUGAUCACGUGUUCGUAUUUACCUUUCGCUGUUAAACCUCCCGUAUCGUUCUACCAAAUGGAAUGCAUUUCCAAAAAUUAUCCCAAGGUGAUGAUGCACUCUGCUUUCGCAUAUCUUAUUCCAAAUAUAAGUGAUGAAUAUUGCUCGUUGUUGAAAAAAGCUCAUAUGUUACAUCAAUUUGAAUUCCAUCUAACCAUGUCUGGUGUGCAUCGAACAAAUACCACUAUUAUUCGUGAAACCAAACUUAUUUCCAUAAUCAAUAGUUACACUCAAACUGCUAUUAAUAAAUCACAUUUUGAGUUCGAUACACAAAUUGCCUUUUUAAAAGAAUAUAAUUUAAUUUUUAUGAAAGUUGAUAAAAUAACCGUUGGCAAUGAAGUCUUAAGAGCAGCUAAAUUGUGGGAACAGUUGGAAAAAAAAUAUAUUUCUUAGAUAUUUGUAGAUCUUUUCCCUUGGAAACUCAGGUGUAUAUUAUAAAACAAAUUGUUAUGAAUAAGUACCUA